AUGAGGUUUGUGUGGAUAUUUCGCGUAUUUUUCAUUUCCGUUUUUUUAAAUGGGACCUGUGGUGAUCGUGGUAAUUUGAAGAAAUUUUGGAAACCUUGUUUUGUCGGAGAUCAAAUAGAAAACACGUGCACCGAUCCAAGUAACUCUUGUCACGGGAAAUCAGACAAACAGUUCAAGCUUGUCCGCUUGGAGGGAGUGAAGACAGGUCACGUGCAGUGGUUGGAAGUCGACGAUGGGAGGAAGCCCGUAAAACUCAUCACUCGAGCAAUGACACCAUUAGUUCUUGAGAUUCCCGACUUCUUGUCAGAGGAAGAGUGUGAUCACAUCAUAACACUGGCAAAGGAAAGUGGACUCCAGACAAGUACUUCAGGAUAUUUCACCUACGACGGAGACUUGGACGAGGAACUAGCCCUAGCUGACAGUGACUGGACUCUCGCGCCUGAGCAAGCAUUUGCUGGAAACUACAGUCUUUGGGAUGCAAAUGGUGAUGGUUCCAUUGAUGCACAAGAGGUGAAGGCAUUUGCUGGAAAACACAAACAACUCUAUCUGGAUGAUGAAGAAGUGCAAGAAAUCCGGGGCAUGUUUCCCAAAAGUACCGGCAACUUUAUGGGCCGUUUCUUAAUCAACGACUUUUUAUCUUUUAGGGUUAAACACCUUCAAAUCAAUGAUGAGCUCAGAGAUGGGAGAAUAAAAGAGCAAUUUUUCAACAAGUUGAAUAUCAACAAGAUAAUGCGGUACAUGAAUUUUUUGAAAGACAAAAGCCCACGCCAUAGGUUUCGUUUUAGCCAGCAGGCCUGGUUACGGCAGGACAAAACCGCUGACCCUGUUCUGAGACGUCUUCAUGAAAGGGUUAUAAGGCUAACCAAACUUCCGAGAAGGAUAGUCCAAGGGGGAGAACCAAUGCAGGUUCUUCGUUAUGAGAAGUUUGGUCAUUAUCACGGCCACCUGGAUUCUACCAUAAAAGACCCCACAGUCCCUUGCUGUCAUCAAAACCAUCUCAGAGCACCCGACUGCAGAGUCUGUAGGUUUAUCACUAUUUUGUAUUAUCUUAACAAUGUAGAAGAAGGAGGAGAAACAGCUUUCUUGAUAGCUGAUAACACUACAACCACUCCAGAUGAAAUUGAAAAUUCAAAAGCCGCGACAAAUGAAUUCAAUCUCAGCAUCAAUUGUCAUUCAGCGAACCUAGUACUACCUCCAAUGAAGGGCACGGCCAUUAUGUGGUACAACAAUUUCAUCGACCCAGACAGUGGUCUGCUCGGAGCAGUGGACCGCUCCACGUAUCAUGGAGGAUGUGACGUCAUCAAGGGAGAAAAAUGGAUCGCUAACAAUUGGCUGACAGCGCCAACCAAAUACUCAAAACACAUCAAGAGCAUGUUUGAUACAGGAUUUGAUUAAAACUGGUGAAAACAAAAAUGUUAAAUUAGUUUAGCUUGUCUUUAUAAGC